CCUUGCUUCUAUUACCUCUCAUCUCGUCCUGAACGUCAACUUGCCUAGCCUGUUUGUACGUGACACGCCGCGUGCGAAAUACUCGUGCCGCCCGCUCGUAGUUCUGGCCUGCGGAUCAAGGUAGCCGCCUCUGAGCUACAUCACCCGCCCUCCCUGCCUGACCGCAUAGAGCCGUACCGGACCUUACCCUGCUCACUUUCUCCCCUCCCCAUCGGCCACCGGGCCAUACCUAUCGACCUAACUAAGUAGUGAACGCUUGAGGCUCCGAGCAUUGAAAGUCCCACCACUGCAACCGCUCCUCCUUCCAUCUUGAAACCCCGCCAGCCCACGACGUCUACUGCUUCGGGUACGCCGUAAUUAGGACUCGGACGAAGGCACAAGCCCGGACUCCUCGAACCCCCGUUUCUCUCCACGUCAACAGCGCGCAUUCCACCCACCUCCUGCUCAACGACGGCCCGUCCAUCUGGAAAUCUGACGCCGCACCCGCAACUGCACCUCGCUUUGCCCAAGGCACAAGAACCAACGAUCCCAUCUGCCUCGUAGCCACACCACCCCGUCUUCUCCCACGACGCAUUCCCGCCCGAUCGCUGCCCGCGCGGCAACUUGCCACGAUGGGUGUCUCCACGCUCCAGGAGCAGCAUGACGUCAUUAUCGACACCAUCAAGAACAUUACCCGCGGCGACUGGAAGGUCCUGGUUCUAGACGAGGGCUCCAAAAAGAUCUUGGACAAUGUCGUCAAAGAAGAUGACAUCCUCAAUCACAACAUCGCCAACAUCGAGCGCAUCGAGCAGAAGCGAGACAUGAACCCCGAAAUGGAUGCCAUCUACAUCCUGUCACCGCAAGAGAACAUUGUCGAAAUCCUUGUCAACGACUUCGAGCGCCGCAGAUAUAAGCAAGCCUACCUCGUAUGGACUGGCGUUUUGGACCCUAGAGUUCGCCGCAUGAUUGACGGCAAUCCGGCGACAAAGUCACGCAUCGCGGGCUUCGAGACUCUGUCCAUUGACUUCUUCCCUCGCGAGUCGCACCUGGUCACCUUUAGAGACCCCUGGAGCUUCCCAAUCCUGUACCACCCGGCUUGUAACAACUUAGUCGCUCGUCACAUGAAGAUUCUGGCCCAAAAGAUCACUGGCGUCUGCGUUACACUGGGUGAAUAUCCCAAAGUACGCUACUACAGACCGAAGAACCCCCUUCACGAAGCCGCCGUACUCAGCUCUCACCUCGCCCGUUUUGUACAGGAAGAAUUGGACGAAUACGCGCAGUGGAACCCCAACUUCCCACCACAGUCGACGAGGCCGGCAGGAACACUUAUUAUCACGGACAGAUCUAUGGAUAUCCUGGCGCCCUUGGUACACGAGUUUACCUAUCAGGCCAUGGCUCACGACCUUCUCCCGAUACAAGACGGCGACAAGGUGACAUACCACAUGGUCACCAACGGUGGCACUCCGGAGGAAGAGGAGAAAGACAUGGAGCUGUCGGACAAGGAUCCCGUCUGGGUAGACAACCGCCACCGGCACAUGAAGGAUACCAUUGAAAAGCUCAUGUCGGACUUUCGGAAGUUCUUGGCCGACAAUCCGCAUUUCGUCAAUGAGAAUCAAGACACGACAAGUUUGAACGCCAUCAGGGACAUGUUGGCCGGGUUGCCGCAGUUCCAGGAAAUGAAGGAGGCAUACUCGCUUCAUUUGAACAUGGCACAGGAGGCCAUGAACAUAUUUGAGAAGCACAAGCUACCGGACAUCGCUUCUAUCGAGCAAACGCUAGCAACAGGACUGGACGAGGACUUCAAGAAGCCCAAGAAUAUUCUCGAUCAGGUUGUGCGUCUAUUGGAUGACGACGCUGUUUCUCCCUCUGACCGACUACGAUUGAUCAUUCUCUACGUACUCUACCGAGACGGCGUCAUUAUGGAAGACAUCAACCGGCUGCUGGCGCAUUCCGGCCUGCCACAAAUGGAUGGGGAAGUUGCUGCCAAUCUCGAGAUGUUGGGCGGACGCCCGGUUCGCAACGGCCUGAAAGACGUGCGGCCGCCCCAGCCGCCCCUAUUCCAAAAGAACACCAAAUCUGCCGAAGUCAGUGAGGAAUACUCGCUAUCCCGCUUCGAGACAGCAAUGCAGACAAUGCUCGACGAGCUUAGUCGAGGCACUCUGGACCAGGCGACGUUUCCCUAUGUGAAGCCGCCAGCGGACCCCAAUGAGGACCUCUUGGCAUCUCAGCAAGGCUCACUGCGCGCGGGCAGGCCGAACUGGGCGGCAGCAGGUCGACGGCCGCCAGAAAACCGACAGCGUUAUAUCGUAUUCAUGGCCGGCGGUGCAACGUACAGUGAGAGCCGAGCAUGUUACGAGGUUUCGUCCCGUCAAGGCAAAGAUAUCUUCCUGGUGACCAGCCAUAUGCUUACGCCGCAGCUCUACGUCCGUCAAGUCGGCGACCUGGGCAAGGACAAGCGCACACUGGAUAUCCCCAUGGAGCGACCAACGCCCCGAGCUCCGGCGUGGGUCUACGAGAAACCCGCCCCUCCUCCCAACCCCAUGGCACAACGGCCUGCACCCGGCAUAGCACCGCCAGGCCAGCCGGUGGGAGGCCCUGGCCGCAGAGCACCGGCGCCGGGUGGACUUCCAAGCCGGCCUGUGGCCCCGCCUACGGCCCAGAUGGGCAGCAUGAGCCUCAACACUCCAUCACCUAUACCGAACGGCGGCGGCGCCUCGCCUGCGCCGUCAGACGGCGGAAAGCCGCACAAGCUCGAAAAGGAUAAGAAGAAGCGUAAUUUCCUAGGCAUGAAGAAGAGCCACAAAGACAAGGACAAGCACUGAAGAGGCAGGAAGAUUAAAUGUUGGGAAACAAACUCAAUAUACUUUUGACCUUGGAUGUUGCACUUUUGUUUCUCUGCUUGCCAGCGUGGCGUUUCUUGGUGUGAUCGAUCCAGAAAGGGUUGGAUUUGCAGUCUCAAGAUGUUGUGUGAUAUCGUUUAAGCUCAAAUGGUUUGACGAGGUCAGUGAGAGGAGGGGAGAGAGCAAUGCAUGGCUGGCUAGCUGGCUUGGGCCGGGCAGAUUUCGUUCUGGGGGGUUUUAUGGUACGAAAUACACCCAUACAAGGACUCAUGUCGGAGGCGAUAAAAGAGCGUGUGGCCCCUUCUUCAUAGUCCCUAUCAACCACUUUCUUGCCUCUAAAAUGUGUUUUAAGUUUGUGGUACACAAGUUGGAGCUCACCUACUCUAUUUCCUUUGAGAGGAGAGAGUUGCCAAACAAAUAAAAGUACCGUCUUGGUGAAAAUCUUAUAGCUAAUAGAUUAACAGCUGAGCUGAAAGAUACUUCAUU